CUGCUCCCAAGCUGAAAAUCAACCACUCCGGAACCCGUUAGAAGUCGAGACCGGCUGCGGGUGCUGGCUGUUAACGACUCCUCGAAAUCACGUCCCGCUCACAUCAUUCGUUUUGUAUCUCUGCAAUUUACCGUACCUUCAACUAUCUACUUCUAAAGCACCUACUUUAAACCGUCCUCAAGAGGCUGCACCGGAUGUCCGCCUCUACCAGUCAGCGCAGCCGAUUCCGGCAGGCCGUUGAGGGUGGCCUGGCGACGGCAGUCCUAAUGAAUGGCUUGAAUUGCCUCGUCUUUUCACAAACUCCAUGCAUUGGGACUGACAGGCUUGGGUCCUGCUCCGUCGUCCUGAUCGUUUCCCCGUUUGCGGCGAUCUUGGCACAUAUACCCCCUCGUCCUGACGAUGCUGAUGCCAAUGACCCGGAGAUUGGGGACAAAUAUGUACGAUCCUUCAUGGAACGAGUCACAACCUACUACCGCCAAUGUCAAGCAUAUUUCCCGGCAAAUUCUAGUUCCUGGGUUGUCUGCGUGGUAUUUGGAGACGCUGUUGCACUUCCCGACCAGCAGAGGAUCAUGGAGAGAGCGCUUCGUGAUGUCGGCUUAACCGUGGACACGAGCCAGACUUAUCGUGUCCCGUUCACCAACAAUCACCGGGACCGUGGCACCGUUUUUGCCGAUGGGAGGGGCCAUACAAUUCGAGUUUAUGUGGGAAACCAGGGUGGUCCAGAGUAUUCCCUAUAGCCAGCCUUCUCAGAUUACAGCCGUUACUUCUACCGCUGCCGCGUCGCCAUCCUACGCAAUCACACAAUCCACGGCUUCACCUCGCGCGGCUGUCUUAUCGGCUACCGCGGCGGCAACCCAGAGUACAUCUGGUGAAGCAUGGUGGCAGUGGAAUGCACAACUACGACAAUACCAAUACGGCACCCAGGCAGGAGUCCAACACUCACAAGCGCAUGCCCCUCUCAACGUCUGGGUAUAUUGCUCCACCCCUUGGGAAGGUGGACACAACUGGGUUCUCUGGGAUGGCACAAUCAGGCAUUAUCGAUCAUGAGUGGAUAAUGGCAGCUGAUGAUAUCGCAUAGAACACACUUUUAGGCACGGUAAAGC